GUUCUCGGUGUAAACGAUGCUGUCGUGACAUUGCUCCUUAUUUUUCCCCUAAUAUUGAACGUAGGGAGGGAUACUUGAGUGGUGUCGCACAACUACGGUUGACUUACAGGCAAUACUUUCCAACCAGUGCUCGCUGUGUGUGAGUGAGGCAGGCUGCUGCUGCUCAAAAUAGCCCGUAAAGGCGAUUAGCUAUGACGGAUACUAACAGAGGGGCUCCACGGGACUGCACGUAAAGAUGAGGAUUCCUCCGGUGUGGGCGCUGGGCGCUUGCCAGACUGGGUGAAGUGACAGCUGAGAGGGAAGCCUGCUGAGAACAAACACCGCCUGGGACGGCUGAGGAGAACCUCUGUGCAGGUUCACGUGGCUGUCGACAGGGUGGAGCUUCCUGACCCAUGGAGAAUUACUUCCAGGCUGAGGCCUUCAACCUGGACAAGGUCCUGGAUGAGUUUGAGCAAAAUGAAGAUGAGACGGACACUCCCAUUCUCUCUGAUGCCAAGUGGACCCAGAUCCUGGCCCCACCAGCCCACCUGCUCUCUCUGAACCCCGCCCUGGCCCAUGCAGACCUAAGCCCCCGGGAGAGUCCGCUGCCUUUCAAGGCUCUCCCUGACUCCUCCUCCUGUGCCUCCCCGGGGGAUGACCCUAAAAGACAUCCUGGUCCUGAACUUUCAUCCUGGACAGAGGAGAGGCCGGCAGACGUCCACAGUCCGCCUCUCCCCCAGCCCAACAUUGGCAAACUGGUGGGGACUGACGACCUCUCGCCGCCCCCUGUGACGGCAUGUAGUGCUGUGGAGAAUGGUUGCUCUGCAAGCCCACCACAUGACAGGCUUUGCAAGGAGAUAAGUUCUCCUGCAGACAACAAUCCUGGUGCAGCAGACCAGGCAGUUAAACCUCAUCAGGAGGAGAGAGCUGUCUCAGCAGGAGGAGGGAGCUCAACUGUCCCUCACACUCACUUUAACUUUGAGCUUGGACAUGGACAUGGUGAAGCUUUAUCUGAGAAGGUUCGUCCAAAUGUGGCACCAACAACACAAGAUAGAGAAGAUGUUGCACUGGAGGACAAUGCAGGUGUUUUACAGGACUAUAGUCGAAAGAGAUGCAUUGCAAAGUCGAACAUGGACAGGGGCGAAAGUCUCCUUAAUGGUGGGAGAGAUGUUCAAGCUGGUUGUGAGAUAGAGGAGAAUGGUUUAUCUCCUCCUAACAGGGUUGGAGUGGAGAAGGAGAGGAGUUACAAUCCAGAGGAACACAUAAACCAGCUCCUCAGAAUAUCAAGCCUUCCCAAUGGUUUGGAGCAAGAGAGGAGUAGUGAUUACAAGCUGAUUGAGGUAGAACAGAAGGAGGAGGAGGGUUUCUCUCCCUCUCCUGUUCCCUCUAAAGAGGACUCUGUGACUGAGGAGAAAGAAAUGGAAGAGAGCAAGCAGGAGAGCAGUGAUGGAGGAGCAGUUGGUUCAGGUAGCAUCCAACCAAAACUCAACAACAGUCGACUGCAGCCGGUCAGUGUUCCGUACGGAGGGGCACGACCGAAGCAGCCUGUCAGCCUCAAACUUCAGAUUCCACAGCCACUGUCAGGCCAAGUCCAAAACCAGCUUGUCACCAAGAACAAGAACCUCGAGAACCAGGGUCGGAGACUUACGCCACAGGAGACGAGUCUCAGUGGGACUGAUCAGACUACAGUUGGGGUGAAUGGAGAUGAUGUUGUCCACUCUCCUUCUCUGAUGCUUUCAGAGAGCCCAGAUAAUGAUCUGCAAGCAGGUCAUCAAGGCAGCCUGUGCAAGAAACCAGCCAACUCCCUGGGUGAGGUUGCUCCUGUGUGGGUACCCGACUCCCAGGCUCCUGUCUGUAUGAAAUGUGACGUCAAGUUCACCUUCACCAAGAGGAGGCACCAUUGCAGGGCCUGUGGCAAGGUGUUUUGUGCGACGUGCUGCAGUCUGAAGUGCAGGCUCAUGUACAUGGACAGGAAGGAGGCCCGCGUCUGUGUCACCUGUCACUCUGCUCUGAUGAGUGCUCAAUCAUGGGACACACCGGUUUCUUCAAGCAGCCACAGUCCAAACCCCAACAACCCAGCCGAGUACUGCUCCACCAUCCCCCCUUUGCAGCAGGCUCAAGCCUCUGGGGUCCUCAGCUCCCCUCCUCCCACUGUCAUGGUGCCUGUGGGAGUCCUUAAACAGCCUGGCAACGAGGCGUCCCUCACGCGUGAGCAGAGGAGAGUAUGGUUUGCUGACGGCGUCUUGCCCAACGGAGACACAGCAGAGUCCCCCAAACCUCCGAGCUCCAGCCCUGUCCCCUUGCAGUUGCCAGCCAUCUCCACGAGUUCAAACAAAUCGUCCACUUCCGGUUCCUCAGAGGCAGCCCACACCCCUGUUGCCCCGGUUGGCAGCCCCGUGGGCAGCUCCCUCAGUCUGAUUCCGGAGGACGGGCUCCCUCCCAUCCUUAUCUCCACUGGAGUCAAAGGAGGUACGGGAGGCCACAUCACAGACUACGCAGUAGAGGAGAGGCCGUUGGAGAUCGUUCUUAUGCAGCAGCUGGAGGAAGGAGGCCCAGACCCCCUGGUCUUUGUGCUCAAUGCUAACCUGCUUGCUAUGGUCAAACUUGUAAACUAUGUAAACCGGAAGUGCUGGUACGUGACAACGAAAGGCAUGCACGCCGUCGGUCAGGCGGAGGUGGUCAUUCUGCUCCAGUGUCUCCCUGAUGAGAAGACCAUCCCGAAAGACAUCUUCACCCAUUUUGUACACCUCUACCAGGAGGCUCUCAGUGGCAACGUGCUGAGCCACCUGAGUCACUCCUUCUUCACGCAGAGCUUCCUGGGCAGUAAGGAGCAUGGCGGUUUCCUAUACAUCAGCCCGUCCUUCCAGUCGCUGCAGGACCUGCUGCUUCCAAACCCGCCUUACCUCUUUGGCAUCCUGAUCCAAAAGUGGGAGACACCCUGGGCCAAGGUCUUCCCCAUCCGCCUCAUGCUGCGGCUGGGCGCAGAGUACCGCUUUUAUCCGUGUCCGCUGUUCAGCGUUCGCUUCCGAAAACCACUCUUCGGUGAGACUGGUCACACUAUCAUGAACCUGCUCGCAGAUUUUCGGAACUACCAGUACACACUGCCGGUGGUGAAAGGCCUGGUUGUGGACAUGGAGGUGAGGAAGACGAGCAUCAAGAUCCCCAGCAAUCGCUACAAUGAGCUGAUGAAGGCCAUGAACAAGUCCAACGAGCACGUGCUGGCCAUGGGGGCGUGUUUCAACGACCGCGCCGACUCCCACCUGGUGUGCGUCCAGAACGAUGACGGCAACUAUCAGACGCAGGCGAUCAGCAUCCAUCACCAGCCGCGCAAAGUUACUGGAGCCUGCUUCUUUGUGUUCAGUGGCGCUUUGAAAGCCUCGUCAGGAUUUUUAGCCAAGACCAGCAUCGUGGAAGAUGGUGUAAUGAUCCAGAUCACAGCUGAGACCAUGGACUCUCUGCGUCAGGCUCUGAGGGACAUGAAGGACUUCACCAUCACGUGUGGCAAAGCCGACCAGGAGGAGAACCAGGAGCUCGUCCAAAUCCAGUGGACAGAGGAUGACCACAACUUCAACAAGGGCGUGAUCAGUCCGAUUGAUGGAAAGUCUAUGGAGUCCAUCACCAGCGUUAAGAUCUUCCACGGCUCCGAGUUCAAGGCCAAUGGCAAAGUCAUCCGCUGGACAGAGGUUUUCUUCCUCCAGAGUGAAGACCAACCCAACGGUCUGAGCGACCCGGCCGACCACAGUCGCCUGACUGAGAACGUAGCGAGGGCUUUCUGUGUGGCGCUGUGUCCACACCUGAAGCUGCUGAAGGAGGACGGCAUGGCCAAACUGGGCCUGAGGGUCACACUGGACUCUGACCAGGUGGGUUACCUGGCAGGAAGUAACGGUCAGCCUCUCCUGCAUCAGUACCUGAGUGACCUGGACAGCGCUCUGAUCCCCGUCAUUCACAGCGGAGCGUGUCAGCUGAGCGAGGGCCCCGUGGUCAUGGAGCUGGUCUUCUACAUCCUGGAGAUCAUCUCCUAGGACCAUCUCUGCCCACAUCUCUACCUAAUGUGGACCUUCUGCUCCAAACUUCCCCUUGUUUUUUUGUUUUGUUUUUUUAAGGUUUUCUUUUUUUCCAAAUCAACCUCCUGACAUCGUCUCACAGCCUCGUCCUCCAUCGUCUCCCUUCAACUGUUUGCACUUGAAAAGAGCCUGAAAACUGUGCCGUGCCAGGUGUGGUAGCAUUCCUCCACGCAAACCUAUGCAUCCAACCACCAGACCAGAGGUCACCAGAAGGCUCAGAAGAGUAGCAGCAGCGGCAGCGGCAGCAGCAGCAGCAUGUGUCUGUCAGGCGCUCCGAUCACACUGGGUCCGUCCUCAUACCCACACUGUACAUGUUGAACCGUGCUUUAUAAAAGUAGUCAAGUGCCUAUUAAAUUACCACAUUAUUACAGUUAUUAUUAUUUAACUGCUAAUCAGCCGUGCAGUUUGUCAGAGGUAAAUCAAAACAACGCAUGCAGGAGUUUAAUGGAACUAAUGGAGACAUGACAUCUGGUUAUGUUAUCAUUAUUUUGAUGGGCUUGUGGUUUAAGAUAAAUGCUAUAUUUUUUACCAUGGAGCAUAAUUUAAUAUCAGAUAUAUUUUGACAACACUAGCCAGUUUCAUUCAGAAGUGUAGGUUAUCAGUAUUAGGUGAUAAUCAUCUGUGGAUAGUUUGUUAUUAACAUGUAGAGUUGCAGUGGCGAUCAAUGAGAUAUUUUAAACAAAUGACUAAAUUGUGUAGAAAUGAAGAGAAUCAAAGUGAAAUAUAUUAUUUUCUAGCGCUCAAGGACUCCCAUAAAAUGACACCUGAGAACAUUCAAAAUGUCAAAACCGUGGCCUUUUUGCUUGAAAACAAAGUUAAGCGAUGAAUAAAAGCACUCUUCCACAGCAGCCAUUUUGAUGCGUGUCAGCAGGAAAAGCCUCAGGUGUUUGUGAUUGAACUUUAACGAUGACUCUGUUCAGCGUUGAUUAUUUACACCUGUGCUGUUUCUUUUACUGCGACAUCAACAUGGCUGCCAUGAGAAAGGUGGGUAAAUGUUCAGAUUUGCUUUAUCAGACGUACGUCACAUCAAUCAAUUUUUCUGAGCAAAUUAAUAUUUUUUAAAAGCCAUGUUGCUGCAAUAAUAAAAACUUUAAUGUAGAGUGCAUCCAUUGAGAAACAAAUCAAAAUAUUCAUUGAAGUAUUAGUGUAGUAUACGAUGAGUGAACGCAGACCCUGAAAACAGUGUCACCGCAGUAUUAGUGUACUGUGGGUAUGUGUCCAAUUUCAAGAUGUGGGACACGCUUAGCAGCAGGUGUGUGUAUUUGGGCGGACCCGUCCCAUCGUUACCAUGGUGACCUGAAGAAUCCUGACGCUUCUGUAGCACGGACGCUCUUACAAGGAAGACCGCUGGGAGAAAGUUUGGACUAUUUCUCGAUAUUUAUGAAGACAAACGAGGACAAAUGACGAGCUGAGGAGGGAGACGCUGCCUCUGUGUGGUGAUUUUGAUUUUCUUUCUGUAUUCCUUGAACUGUUGUUCUUAGUGCCUGCAGCAGCUAUCCAUCGAGGGGAGAUUUCUCAUUCGUCGCCUGAUGCUUUGCUUUAUGGACAAAUGCGUUGACUCUUUGUACAUAUUUUUACAGGCAGAACAGUUC